AUAGAGCUUUCUGAAAGUUGUCCAGCUAAUUAUAUAUUUAUCUUAACGUCUGACCUAUUCAGAUAUAUCUUAACAUGAUACUAACCGUACCGUUGAAGUUGAUUACCUGUGAAAUUCCCAAUAUUCGUCGUGUCACACAUCAUGACGCAUAUUUCUCACAGCGAUUUUCUCCUGGAGCAACUGAAAAAGCAGCGCGAAAGAGGCUUCCUAUGCGACUGCACGGUUGUAAUAGGACAGGCACGGUAUGCAGCACACCAUAAUGUCUUGGCCGCCUUCAGCGAGUAUUUCUCAACUCAGUGUAUUGAGGCAGGAAGAGAAGACGCCACCAUAACGUUGGAUGCAGAGUGGGUGAAUGCUACAGUGUUUGAGAAAUUACUGGAUUACAUGUAUACGGGGAACCUGAUCAUGGAUGGCGAUGAAGUUUCAAGCAUUGAAAAAGCAGCAUCUUACCUUGGAAUUCAAGAGGUGGUGACUCGCUGUGCCCUACCUGAGAGAGAUGUCAAAGACAACCCUGCAGACUUGGCAAGGGACGCCUUCUACACAGAUCCCCGUUCUCCACUGAGUCCAGACGACUAUGACCCACUGGAACCGAUCGAGGAGGUGGAGGCCCGAGAAAGACUAAGAGAGGAGGGAGAGAAGAAAGGCAUCUUGCAGGAAGAGGCAGCUUCCAAUGAAGAAUCCCAUUCAUCCAGUGAACAGACUGCCCAGAACAUUGAGAAGAGGAGCCGGAAGCCCAAAACGCGACUUUAUGAGGAGGUCGCAGAGAGAAAGAGCCCUGUUUCACCCAGAGGGAGAGGACGAGGAAGGGGCAGGCCAAGAGGUCGGCCGCGAACGAGGCCCUUGGCUCCUGAUAAAACGGUUCUUGUGGCAACAGAAAAGAGCUCGCAUGCAGAGGGGACUGGAGCAGGAAGAGGCAGCGGAAGGCCGAGAGGCCGUCCACGGACCAGGCCGCUGUCCUCCGAGGCAGCAGAUUCUACCAGCGCUGAAGACAGCAUGAUGGUAGUGAACGACAAGGAGACCGAAGGCACUAGACCUAAACGAGGCCGACCCCAAACCAGGCCCGUGUCCUCCGGCCUGCCUGUUGGAGAGGCAGAGGAUGUAAACACGAAAGAAGUCAAGACUGUAGAGGAAGGAGAAUCACGGGCCAAGUCAGAGGUGGAAAACGCUAAAGAGGUCGUGGUGGCUAAGCGAGGGAGAGGCCGGCCACGGACGAGACCGCUGCCUCCUGAGGUGUUGGGAGCGGCAGGGGCCGAGGAAUCCGCAGCGUCCACGCAAGUAAAAGAAACAGAAGGGGUGGUACGCAAGAGAGGCAGGCCUCGCACCAAGCCACUGCCCUCCGAGGUGUCCAAGCCCUCGAACCUAGACCGUGGUGUGGAACAAGAAACCGCAGAGCAAGAAGAGAGGGCAGACCAGGAGAAGGACAGGCCACAGACGCCGCCCUCUGAAGCCACCAAUGAAGGCGCCACUGUUGGCGACAACUUUUCACAAAGCGACGAGGCCCUGGGCGAGGCGGCCCCCGAUGCCAGCCCAUCCAAGAAACUGCGUGUGAGCACCAGGAAGAGGAGCAUGAGCAGGAAGCUGCGGGAGAGCCAAGCCAGCAAGGAAGAGAAUGAUGAUGAGGCAGAAGAGGACGGGGCGGGCGUGGACGAAUGGGGCAUGGAGGAGAUGGAGGAGGAGGAGGAGGAGGAGGAGGAAGAGGAAGAAGAGGAGGAGGAGGAGGAUGUCAAGCUGCUUCAGGACAAGCUCCGCCCCAUUUGCAACGUCUGUGGGAACCUGUUCUCGGAGAUGAGCAGCCUGCGAAGGCACAUGCGCAUCCACAAGGGCAUCAAGCCCUAUCAGUGCCAGCUGUGUGGCCGCUGCUUCCGGCAGGGCAACCAGCUCAAGACACACAUGCGCAUUCACACAGGAGAGAAGCCAUUUGCCUGCAGCCGCUGUGAUGCACGCUUUGCGCAGAAAUGUCAGUUGGUCUACCACUGCCGCAUGCACCACGGAGAAGAGAAGCCUCACAAGUGCGAUGCCUGCCCUGCGGCCUUCGCCACGUCCAGCAACCUGAAAAUCCACAUGAGGACACACAGUGGAGAAAAGCCCUAUGAGUGUGGGGAGUGCGGCAAGCGUUUCACCCAGGCAAGCACUCUGAUGUACCACAAGCGACGGCACACGGGGGAGAAACCCUAUAUUUGUGACACAUGUGGCAUGUCAUUUGCUGUGUCCAGCUCUCUCAUUGCACACUCCAGAAAACACACAGGAGUGACACCUUACAUCUGCUUGGACUGCGGGAAACCCUGCUUAACAUCUGGGGAACUUAGGAAACAUAUGGACAUCCACAAUGGCUCAAGAAGAGUGACAUGUAACAUAUGUGGAAAUUCCCUCUCAGACAUUUAUAGUCUAAAGAAGCACAGGGCUCUAAAACACAAUGCUCCUCCAGAGCAAGACAGCGAUCCACCAAAAAAUGAGACAAUCCAGUGUCCAAUCAACAUCCCGAUAGACCACCAAGGUCUGAUAGCUCGAGUGCGCUCCGCUCUAGCUGAUUCUCCAGAACCAAGCUUUCCAGCAGAAUCCACAUUGCCUUCAGAGACCUCCGUGAUCAUCCAUCAGCCAGAGGUGCCGAUGAUCAUCCAACAUUCGGAAGCUUCGGGAUCUCCAAUGAUCAUCCAGCAUUCGGAUGCCUCAGACGCACCAGUGAUUAUCCAGCAUGAGGAAUCUGCGGGAACGCAGAUGAUCUCAGGGACACCGAUGAUCAUCCAGCACGCUGAAUCUUCAGAGGCAUCUGUGAUCAUCCAGCAUGCAGAAUCUUCUGAGACCCCGAUGAUCAUCCAGCACGGAGAGGCCACAGGAUCACCAAUGAUCAUCCAACAUGAAGAGUCCUCAGAAGCCCCCAUGCUUAUCCAGCAUGCAGAUUCCUCAGAGCAAGUUAGUUAUGUGGUAGAGCAGUAUGAAAUUCCUGCAUCCUCAGAGAUGGAGCAUGCUCAAAUUGUCAUUGUCCAGACUAUCGAUUAAGGUGGCUGGCCUUGCCUCCAUAUUGAAUGUCUCCUUUGAAGAAAAUCCGGUCUCUGUCACAUAUAAUACCAUGGUCCUACAGUUGUAUUAGGGUCACAGCCAUCCCCCAUUUUCAAUCUUUAAUGUAUUUCACAGACAUCAGUGCCAGAGGGUCAUUGUGUCCUUUUUUUUUUUUUUUUCUUUACCCCCCCCCCCCCCCAAGAUUGAAAAUCCAGUUAAUAUUCCUGAUCGUCUGUACAUUGUUGUACCCAGUUUGAUUUUAUAUUUGUAUGAUUUAAACAGUGACUUUGAAAAUGUAAUGGUAUCCCAUAACUGCUCAAUGGAAGCAGUGCUUAAGUUAAUGUUGUGCUCUUUAAUAUGACAUCUACACCUAUAACAUUUUAUUACAUAUUGCUACUAAAAAUAAUUAUUCUUUGGGGGUCAGUUUGACAUGAUGAUAAUUUAUCAAUUAUUUGUUGUGUGUUUCUCUGAUGUGAUUUUGAAAACUAUUUUGUGCAACUGUGAUACAAAAUAGACAUCCAUAGCAUAUUAUAUUACUUGUACCCCUUACGCCUGAAAAAUAAACUUGGUCACGUUUUUUUUAAAUAUCUAUUCUGACCAUAUUGUACUACAGAUUUUGCCACAAGAGGUCGUCGUACAGUUCGCGCAGGGUGUUAAUGUUGCUAUAGGAACACAAAUAAAGUGAAACAUUUCA